AUGUUGUCUCUUAAACACUUAUCCACAAUUUCUUUGCUGUGGGCUAUCUCGACACCCCUCGUGAGCGGCCAAAGGACAACAUACACGGGCUGCCACAACCACACGGAAGCCAGUGCCACCGUCGAGUACUGCUACGGGCCGGACGGUGCGGAGACGGCGCGUGCGACUCAUGCCAUCACCGGAUCUGCGAGCCUCCCGGAGAGCGUGAGCGCGUCAGCCACCGCAGAGGCUCAAACCACUGCUGUGACAGGAUGCCAUAGCCACGAAACAGCCGUGUUUUGCAUCAACGGGGCGGGCGAGGAGGUGCACGUCGAGGCCACCCCGACAGGAGAGGUCCCUCCAGCGUACACCGGCUGCCAUGCGCACGAUGCUGAGAUGUUCUGCAUGGACCCUGACGGCAACGACGUCGCGGUUCAUGCUGAGGGCGAGGCUGCUGGAGAAGAAGGCCAUGGGGAAACACAUGGAGAAUCGGAGGAACAGAACUGCCAUUUCCAUGCCGGCGUUGAGCACUGUGUUGGUGGUAGUGGUGAGAGUGAAGGCGUCUCUUGCGGCCUUCGCGAGCGCGAGUACAACGUCGGGCUGCGAGUUGGUUCGCUCUUCAUAGUUCUCGUCACCAGCGCCAUCGGUGUCCUCGCUCCCUUGCUCCUGCACAAGCUCGUGAUUGGGAGCAUUGGUGCGAAUAUCCUGAUGGCCGUCAAGCAAUUCGGCACUGGUAUCAUCAUCUCCACCGCCUUCAUCCAUCUGUAUACACACGCAAAUUUGAUGUUCACCAAUGAGUGCAUCGGCGAGCUCUCGUACGAGGGAACUACCAGCGCCAUAGCAAUGGCCGGAAUUUUCCUGUCGUUCCUGGUUGAGUACGUCGGCCUCCGUAUUGUUGCUGCGCAUGCGGCCCGAAACCCCAAGACGCCCACGGCACAGACGCUCGGAGACCAAGGGAAGGGCGAAUCGAGCAGUCCACCCCCUGAACCGAGCCGGACAGCCUUCGAGUCGCUCGACCACCACCACGUCGGGCCAAACAGCCACCUCUCCGUCCUGGUCAUGGAGGCUGGUAUCCUCUUCCACAGCAUUUUGAUCGGCCUAACGCUCGUCGUUGCCGGGGACUCGUUCUACCAGACACUGCUCAUAGUGAUAGUCUUUCACCAGUUCUUCGAAGGUCUUGCCCUUGGUGCCCGGAUCUCUCUGCUGCCUGGUUCGAUCUUCCCGUGGAAGUUCGCCAUGGCCAUCGCAUUUGCGCUGAUCACGCCCAUCGGGAUGGCGAUCGGUAUUGGCGUGCUGAACACGUUUAAUGGAAACAACCCCAGCACGGUCAUUACUUUCGGAACUCUCGAUGCGUUGUCUGCGGGCAUCCUCGUCUGGGUUGGAGUGGUGGACAUGUGGGCGAGAGACUGGGUCAUCGAAGGUGGCGAGCUCCUCUCGAGCGGUGCCUUGAAGACGCUUGGUGCUGGGGCCUCGCUUUGCGCUGGAAUGGUCCUGAUGGGCGUGCUUGGGAAGUGGGCUUAG